AUGAGCAGCAAAGAAGACCCCAGCAAGGGCUGUCCGGCGGCUGCUCCCAUCUCCAGUUUCACCAUCCAGUCCAUCCUGGGCAGCGGCAGCGCCGACCCUCCCCGGGAAGCCGCAGACAGGGCGCCCGCCUGGCCCGCCCGCGCCCGGACCCUCUCGCUGUCCUCGGAGGACGAGGAGCCGGAGGAGAGCUGGAAGCACCGCGGCUGCUUCUGCCCCGAGGCUCAGGGCCCCGCCGAGGCGUGCCACAAGCACCAGCCCCUGAGCUUCACCUGUCUCGGCAGCGCCAAGGGCAGCGGAGCGGCGGCGGCGGGCAGCGGGGAGCGGGGGCCCUUCCUCUCGCCCCCCCAGCAGGACUGUAAGGACGAGAAGGAGAAGCCGCUGGGACCCUCCUCGCCUUCCUGCGGGGAGAGGCAGCGCGACGGCGGGGACCGGCAGGCCGGCGCCGCCAAGAAGAAGACGCGCACGGUGUUCAGCCGCUCGCAGGUCUAUCAGCUGGAGUCCACCUUCGACAUGAAGCGCUACCUGAGCAGCUCGGAGCGGGCCUGCCUGGCCUCCAGCCUGCAGCUCACCGAGACCCAGGUGAAGACCUGGUUCCAGAACCGCAGGAACAAGUGGAAACGGCAGCUCUCGGCCGAGCUGGAGGCGGCCAACAUGGCCCACGCCUCGGCGCAGACUCUGGUGGGGAUGCCGCUGGUGUUCAGAGACAAUUCCCUCCUCCGGGUGCCGGUGCCCCGCUCCAUCGCCUUCCCCGCCCCUCUCUACUACCCCGGCAGCAACCUCUCGGCCUUACCGCUCUACAACCUCUACAACAAGAUCGACUACUGA